UUGCUUGUUUUUUUUUUCAUAACCAAAAUGUCAACAAGUUUUGUAGCAUUUUGGUAGAAUUUCUUUCGAUGUAGCUACACAUAUUUUGACGAAAAGAAGAGGACCGUUUAUUUUCAUUUUGUUUUUAAUUAUUUAUUUUCACCAUGUCCGACCAGGCGAGUGGCCCUGCGGAGGUGGUGCAGCAGAGUGCACAACCACAGACCAGCAACAACAAUAACAUUGGUAACAAACCGGAGCAAGCCUCAUACCAGACCAAUCUUGAAAUCAUACAGCAGAGGAAGAGAGCAGUGCUUGCUUUGCCCUACAACAAGAAAUUGAUCAAAUUGGCUAUAUACUCUAAAUGUCAGGCUGAAAACUGCAAUUGUACAGGAUGGAAGAAAACUGAGAAUAUUACCAUAAGUUCUUUUAAUGACCCUUGCAGAUGUGAACAUUCUUUAGAAUGUCAUGUAUCACAUCUUCGCAAUCAAAGUGAGCAUGAACUGAAUCGACUGCUGAAGAUGGUGGUUGAUGUGGAAAAUAUGUAUACUGCAAUGAAGAAUAAAGUGAAUCCAGACACAAAGAAAGUUUAUAAUUAUUUAUUUAGCUUGUUACGCAAAUGUAUAUUAACUUUGGACACACCUGUGAUUGACACCUUGUUCAGCCAACCACCAUUUGAGAAGCCUUCAAUUUAUAAAGCUGUUACUAAUUUGGUGGUGUUUAAGUUCGCGCAUUUGACCCAGCAGGAAUGGAACACGAUGUACGAACUGGCUAAGAUUUUUCUGCAUUGCCUGAACACAUGGGAUUUCCCAUUACCGAGUAGCCAAAGACACGUUCUGAGCAGGGAUGAAGCAUCCUUGUACGAGGAGUCUUACACUCGUUGGUUCGUCUUCUGUCACGUCCCAGCGUUUUGCGAUUCGUUGAGACACUAUGAUACUACCAUGGUGUUCGGUAAAACGCUGUUGAAGGCUGUCUUCAAACAUAUUCGUAAACAAAUUAUGGACCAGUUUUACCAAGAGAGAGAUCGGAUGCCUCUGGAACGUAGAGUGAUGAUUUUAACGCAUUUUCCUGCUUUUCUUAACGCCCUUGACACGGAGAUUUAUGCUCCGAAUUCGCCGAUUUGGGAUCCGGAUUUUAAACCGCCUCCAUCCAUUCACCUGCAGAAUUUGAUCGAAUUGAACAAAUUGAAAAAGGCUGCGGCGGCGGCUGCUGCAAUGAAGAGGUCCAUGAGCGAAGCUCAGAAGCUUUCCUCGAGCGGGAACAAGGAUAGCUUUACGGAUAAAUCCUCUAAAGUGCCAGAAACACCUGUACGUGAGAAACGCCGGAGGUUAGCACAGGAGGACCAAUUCGAGGAUCUGACUCCUGAAAAUCUUGCUGAGAUUAUAGCCACCAUCGACGAUCCGAAAUAUAUGACAGGGCCUGAUAUGGUUUUCGCAGAAGAAGCGUUAGCAAGAGACGAAGCGGCAAAAUUGGAAGAAAAGAAAAAGAUCAUAGAGUUCCACGUCGUAGGUAACAGUUUAACAGAACCUGUUACGAAGCAAACUAUGCUUUGGUUAAUAGGCUUGCAGAACGUCAUCUCGCACCAAUUGCCCAAGAUGCCUAAAGAAUACAUCACGCAGUUCCUGUUUGAUCCGAAACAUCGAACUUUGGCGUUGAUUAAAGACAACCAACCGAUCGGUGCAAUUUGCUUCCGGACGUUUCCCACGCAAGGAUUCACUGAAAUCGUCUUCUGCGCGGUCGCCACUGAUGAACAGGUCAAGGGGUACGGCACUCAUUUGAUGAAUCAUCUGAAGGACUUCCACAUCGGAAAAAACAUCUAUCACUUUUUGACAUUCGCUGAUGAGUUUGCUAUUGGGUAUUUCGAGAAGCAGGGCUUCUCGAAAGAAAUUAAAUUGUCGCGAGGCAUCUAUCAGGGAUACAUUAAGGAUUACCAAGGUGCUACCCUGAUGCACUGCGAAUUGAAUCCGAAAAUUAUUUACACCCAAUUCACGUCGAUCGUCAUGAAGCAAAAGAAAAUCAUCAAGCAUUUGAUCUAUCAACAACAGAGGAAAGUUUCGAAAGUUCAUCAAGGAUUGACAUUUUUCAAAGAAGGUGUAAGGAAUAUACCAAUAGAAUCAAUUCCUGGAAUCCAGGAAACAGGAUGGCGUCCUGCUGCUAGAGCUACUAGAGGCGGGCAACAACUGGAGGAAUCUCAAGAUGUAGAUACGUUGGCUGUGAUGUUAAAGGGGGUUUUGCAAGCCGUGAAGAACCACGAAGCCGCUUGGCCUUUCAAAUCACCCGUCGAUAAGAAUGUAGUGCCUGACUAUUACGACCACAUAAAAUAUCCCAUGGACUUGAAAACGAUGACCGAAAGAUUGAAAGCCAGAUAUUACGUGUCCAGGCGACUGUUCGUUGCAGACAUGAUGAGAAUUUUCACUAACUGCAAGAUUUACAACUCGCCUGAAACGGAAUACUACCAGUGCGCCGUACAUCUGCAGCAGUACUUUCAAACGAAGAUGAAGGAACUAGGUUUGUGGGAUAAAUAGGUUGUUAGUUGUUUUAUACUUAUUGAAGAUGGCAGAUUUAGAUGUAUCUUUAUACAUCUAAUAUAUAUUAUAUUAUAUAUAAAUAUAUAUAUUUACA